AUGAGACUUUAUAAAGAAAUAGUUGCUUUAAAUUUUCUUGCAAUUUGGGCAUUUCAUGCCAUGUGUGGCUUAAUACCUCACAGCCUCGAUACAUCCAAUAGACCAGAAAUCACUAUUUCACAGAUAGACAUUCUCAAUCCUUCUAAUUGGAAAAUAGAUGUUACAGAGGCCCGGUAUAUUCUACCAGAGGAAACCAUCUCUGAAAAACAAGUUGAAUAUAAAAAGUUGUUUAAGCUGUACGUAUAUGCACCCCCAAGUAAAAAAAUAGAAAAGGAUUAUGUGAAGUUAAAGAAAAUACUGGAAAAUACAAAAAAAGCAAGUAUUAAUCCUAGACUAGACAUAAAAAACAACACUUAUCUUAAAAAAUCUCAUGACAGCACUGUUAAGCCAUACGGAUAUAUAAUAAUUGGUCCCCUUGACUUGAGCUCUAAGAAUAUGAUUCUAACCGAAUUGAAAGACAUUGAAAAUGAAGUAUCUCAUGUUAGAUUUCCAUAUACAGACUCUAGCAACAAAAGAAUCAGCUUGCUUCGAAUAUUGUAUAAUGAGUCCAGAGAAUUAACAUUUUUCAAAGCCCAAUUAAUCCAUGCAUUAAAAAGCAUCGAUCUUGCAUUUUGUAAAUCUGUAGAAUAUACAAGCUAUAUGAGUACUUUAACAUUUGGAUUUAAUAUGCUAAAUAUAAUAAACUCUAUUAGAGUCAACAGACUUCUAGAUGUAUUACAUAUGCAAAAAACACUUAGAUUUGAAAAUCAUGCAGUUGGCCAAAUAGAAUACUACAAAGAAAUUAAUGGUAUUAUACUGAAUAAGGAUAAUGAAAGUCUAUGGGCAGAAGAAAUGGCUCAAAAUGAAUUUAAAUAUAUCUUAAAACACCAAGGGGUGUUCAUGCCUAGCAUUUCAGAUGUUAAAUAUAAAAAAAUAAUCAUUCAUUCCACAUGUCUGCAGAUUCUUAAUCUUAUUCCAGUAUGCAGAGAGCAAAUAAAAAUGUUCAAUAUAGGUUCCAAAAAACAAAAAAAAUGCUAA